CCCCAGUAAAAAAAGCGAUAAAACUAGACUAUUUUUACAAAAAACAAAUAGCUUAUAUAAAAUAGUUCUUUUGUUAAUUGCGGAAAAAAACAUGGCAUCUGCCAGGUUGGUCAAUGCAGUUGCCAGCAAAGCAUUCAAAUCAAUUCAAUAUUCUCGUGUUGGAUUUCUGAGCAUUUCACAAUCAAAUGGUUUGCUCAAAUCAUUUAAACCUCAUUGCAGAAGAAUUCACACUACACAGCUUCUUUCAGAUAAGCUAUUCACGAAAGAUCAUGAGUGGGUUUCAAUAGAAAAUGGAGUUGCCACUUUUGGCAUCACAGACUAUGCACAGGAAAAACUUGGUGAGGUUGUGUACUGUGAACUUCCAGAAGUUGGUGUGGAGUGUGAUAAAGAUGAUGUUAUUGCUGUAGUUGAGAGUGUGAAAGCUGCCAGUGAUAUAUUUGCUCCUGUUUCUGGUGAAGUUACAAAGGCUAAUGAAAGUCUAGUCACAAGUCCUGGGUUAAUAAACGCCUCACCAGAAGAUAGCGCUUGGAUUGCGAAGAUUAAAAUGAGCAAUGACAGUGACACAGAUGGUCUGUUGAAUGAAUCCGAUUACAAAAAACUCAUUGUAUCUCUGGAAUAAAGAACUAGCUCCUGUGGAGUUCUAGUUAAAUUGGCUUGGCCUCGGGAAAUUUUGAUGAUUUAUUAUAUACCUACAAUAUUCGGAUAGUCCACUGCUUGUGUGUGAUGCACACGGCCUGUUUUAUUGUUUGACAUGUCUCCAGUCUAUCUUGAGUGGACAAGCUGUAGUUUAAGGGUGUUAUGCUUGCAAACUGUUUGGAAUUUACCUUGUUUUGUUUUGUUGUGUUUUUUAUUGUAUUGUAGCACAUUGCCCUUGUUGAUAAAAAACUAAUUUCCUGUUGCCUUGUAUGCUCUGAUAGUUCCUGUAUUUUACUUAAGUACUAAAUGCUAUCAUAAUUUAUCAUUGUUGGUUUUGUCCAUACUACUUGUUAUCUGGCAAUAUCCCAAAUAAACCUUGUGUUAAGGAGUAUAACAAACAUUUGAAUAUUGCUUUAUGUCAACUAAAAUACAUUACACUUUGGGAAU